UUUUGAAAUAUCUACGUUUGCUCGAUAAAAUUCACCCCACAAUCCAUCGGGUCUCCUACCUUCACCCCAUCUCUCUUCCUCACGCACACAUUGGCUUCCAUCAUCGAAAGAUCGAGAAGGCUUCGCCAUGGCUGGUUUGCUCCCAAGCGACGCCCUUUUCCUCGGAUUCGACAGCUCAACCCAGUCACUUAAGGCUACCGUGUUGGAUGGCAACCUUGUUAUUGUCGAUUCGGAGAGUGUGCAUUUUGAUACUGAACUGCCACACUAUAGGACCAAAGAUGGGGUAUACAGGGACCCUUCUGGAAAUGGUAGGAUUGUUUCUCCUACCUUGAUGUGGGUGGAGGCUCUGGAUGUCUUACUUGAGAAACUGAAAUCCAAAGUGGACUAUGGUAAAGUAGUGGCUAUAUCAGGGAGUGGACAACAGCAUGGAAGUGUCUACUGGAACAAGCAUGGUAAAGCCAUAUUAACUUCUUUGGAUCCUAAGAAGCCAUUACGGAUUCAACUGGAAGAUGCUUUUUCGGUGAGGGAAUCACCCAUAUGGAUGGAUAGUAGUACUACAUCACAGUGCAGAGAACUAGAGAAAGCUGUUGGUGGUGCUUUAGAGUUAUCAAAACUUACAGGAUCUCGUGCUUAUGAGAGAUAUACUGGGCCUCAGAUACGCAAGAUAUAUCAAACACAACCAGAUGUUUAUAAUGACACUGAGAGAAUCUCUCUUGUUAGUUCUUUUAUUGCUUCCAUUCUAAUUGGAAACUAUGCUAGUAUUGAUGAAACUGAUGGAGCGGGGAUGAAUUUGAUGGAUAUCAAACAGCGUGUCUGGUCAAAGACUAUUUUGGAGGCUACAGCACCAGGUUUGGAAGAAAAGCUUGGACACUUGGCACCUGCUCAUGCGGUUGCUGGUUUGAUAUCUUCAUACUUUGUUGAGAGGUUCCACUUUCAAAAAAGUUGUAUAGUUAUUCAGUGGUCUGGAGACAAUCCUAAUAGUCUUGCAGGUUUGACUCUCAAUACUCCUGGCGAUCUAGCUAUUAGUCUUGGAACUAGUGAUACAGUCUUUGGAAUAACUAGUGAGCCUCAGCCCAGUUUAGAAGGACAUGUGUUUCCAAACCCUGUUGAUCCAAAUUGUUAUAUGGUUAUGCUGGUUUAUAAAAAUGGUUCACUUACCCGAGAAGAUGUGCGUAAUCGGUGUGCAGAAAGCUCUUGGGACACUUUCAACAAGUAUUUGGAGAGAACACCUUCUUUAAAUGGUGGAAAAUUAGGAUUCUACUACAAAGAGCAUGAGAUUUUGCCUCCCCUCCCAGUUGGAUUUCAUCGUUAUGUGCUCGAAAAUGUUGACUCAUUAAACGAGACAAAAGUCCUUGAGGUCCAAGAGUUUGAUCCUCCAUCAGAGGUGCGUGCAAUUAUAGAAGGCCAGUUUCUUUCAAUGCGAGGUCAUGCCGAAAGGUUUGGUAUGCCAACUCCUCCAAACAGGAUAAUAGCAACUGGUGGAGCAUCAAAAAAUGAGAGUAUUCUUAAGUCAAUAGCUAGCAUUUUUGGUUGCCCAGUCUAUACAGUACAACGACCUGAUUCUGCUUCCUUGGGAGCAGCUCUAAGGGCUGCUCAUGGAUGGUUGUGCAACAAGGAAGGUCGAUUUGUGCCGAUCUCAUGUUUGUAUGGGGACAAGCUUGACAAAACAUCUCUGAGUGCAAAGCUUGCGUUCCCCGCUGGCGAUGCUGAUCUUCUCUCCAAGUACACCGUGCUGGUCAAUAAAAGAAUGCAGAUUGAGAAAAAUCUUGUGGAGAAGUUGGGGCGAAGUUAGUCUGGCCAAUGCUAAUUUGUAGUUGUAGGUUUCAUGGGCAUCGUAAUAAAGUCAGAGGAUGGAAGAACAAUGUUGGACAGUGUUUAAAUAAGUGUACAGAAAAUGAACUAUUUGAACACAGUUUUGACAAUAACAAUUACUAAUUUAGAUGUUC